GGAACAGGACUCUUUAGCCAACUGGCACAGCAUCUCGGGGCCUUUCCCAUGAUACUUCGCGCCUGGCUGUCGCAGUUGCCGGGCAACGAAUGGUCCCGAGUGCUGGCCGCGCGGAGUUUUGCUGGGCCAUGGGGCCUCCGGGCCUCCAGUCGCUCCUGCUAGUGCUUCUGGCCCGCUGGGCCUCCGUGAGUGCCCAAGCCGUGGCCACUCCCGCGGUGCCGACGGAGGACCUCAACUCCACCGAGGCGCCCCCUGCCACUCUCGGACCCUCCCUCACGCCUAGGAUCCUAGGCACCUCGAGACCACCGGAGCCCUCUGGCCCCAGGCCUGCCCCGGUCACGGAUGUGGCUGCUCUAUGUGUCUGUGACUUGUCCCCUGCUCAGUGUGAUGUCAACUGCUGUUGUGACCCUGACUGCAGCUCUGAGGACUUCAGUGUCUUCUCUGCCUGCUCAAUUCCAGUUGUGACGGGCGAUAGCCACUUCUGUAGUCAGAAAGCAGCCACCUACUCACUGAAUUUUACAGCAAACCCACCUCAAAGGGUAUUUAAACUUGUUGACCAGAUCAAUCCAUCUAUUUUCUGCAUUCAGACUACAAACUAUAAACCUGCAUUGUCCUUUAUCAAUCCAGAAGUGCCCGAUGAGAACAGUUUUGAUAGGUGGAUGAAGACAUCUGAAGGUUUUACAUCAAAUGCAGAAGCAGAUGUUUCUUUUACAACCAAAUCAAGUGCUUUAAAUACUACUAAGUAUGAGUAUGGGGCUCCUGUGCAGACUUCCGAUGCAUCUCCACAUCCGUUCCUGAGAUUCCCUUCGCCUCUCAUGUCGGCUCUGUGCACUGAUAACAACCCUGCCGCAUUUCUGGUGAACCAGGCUGUGAAGUGUACCAGAAGCAUAAAUUUAGAGCAGUGUGAAGAAAUGGAGGCCCUUAGGAUGGAUUAUUACAGCAGCCCUAUGAUUCUGAGGGUGCCCAAUUCGGUGACACAGGUCCCGAUCACUGUCCAGUCCAUCACCGUUCAAUCACUAAAUAAAACACUGACCCGCCUGGAGGACACUGGUGUACGGCUGCCCUCUCUCCUCAGUUCCGGGCAUGAUAAAAUCUGCAUUAACGUUGUGCUUGAAGUAAAGUACAGCCUCACAUACACGGAUGCAGGGGAGGUUGCCGCGGCGGGCCUCUCACUGCUGCUGGGGGCCGUUAGCCGUGCCACGAUCCCCCUGCAGCAGAAGUUUGAAAUUAGCUUCGUUCAGCAAAACACAAGGUCCGUUGCUCUGAGUGGCAACCCCGGUUACGUGGCCGGACUCCCAUUGGUCACCGGGCUGCAGCCCCCGAAGGGGUCUGCGAUUCUUCAGACCACAAACAGAUUCGGACAACUCACUGUUCUCAGUAGCACGGCGGAGCAAGACUGCCUCGCAGCUGAGGGGCUCCGGACCCCAGUGCUGUUCGGUUACAACAUGCACACUGGCUGCCGGCUCAGGCUGAGCCCUGCCAUCCCGUGCCAGCUGCUGGCACAGAAGGUGAAGGACCUGCUGAAGGGCCAGGGCUUCCCGGAUUUCGUGGCCCCGUUCGGCAACUCCAGGGCACAGGAUGUGCUGGACUGGGUGCCUGUCCACUUCGUCACCCACUCGCCCCCUGUCAAGGAUUCUUGUCAGCUCCCCGUGGCUUUGGUCCUAGAAGUGAAGUGGACCAAGUAUGGAUCCCUACUGAACCCCCAAGCCAGGAUAGCAAAUGUCACGGCGAAUCUCAUUUCCUCUGCCUUUCCCCAGACCCUGGCUGGAAGUGAAAGGUCGGUGGUCAUCUCCACCACGGUGACUUUUGUGGACGUGUCUGCACCUGCAGAAGCUGGCUUCCGGGCCCGGCCCACCAUCAACGCCAGGCUGCCUUUCGACUUCUUCUUCCCAUUCGCGUGAUGGAAAUGGUCACUGUAGGGCCCGCCAUGGAGAAUUUUUCCCUCUUGGGGACAGCGCUCCACUCUCAGAUUUUGAGCUGUCUCGUCCAGUGCUCCGUACGAAGGUCCUAGGUGGAAGCCGAGUU